CACUGGCGUGUAACAUUCAGGACCACCGGGGAAGUUGCUUCAUAGUCUAAAAGGCAUAUACAGACGGCUUGGAUGUGUUACAGUUUAAUAUAAAUUUAAUUUGCUUACAAGACACCAACAUACGCUGGAGCUGCUAGCCUACAGUGACCGCGUCAGUCUCGGAACUUUGCGGAGAACCAGAGAUGCCCAAAAAGAAAACUGGUGCCCGAAAAAAGGCUGAAAAUCGGAAGGAGCGAGAGAAGCAGAUACGAGCCAACAGGGAACAUGUCGACGUGGCCAAACACCCCUGCAACACCAACAUGGAAUGUGACAAAUGCCAGAGAAAACAGAAGAACAGAGCUUUCUGCUACUUCUGUAACUCUGUGCAGAAGCUGCCUCUCUGCGCACAGUGCGGUAAAACAAAAUGUAUGAAGUCAUCAGAUUGUGUCAUCAAACAUCCGGGGAUCCACAGCACUGGAAUGGGCAUGGUGGGUGCAGUGUGCGACUUCUGUGAAGCUUGGGUGUGCCAUGGUCGGAAAUGUCUGAGCACUCACGCCUGUUCAUGUCCUUUGACUGAUGCUGACUGCAUUGAGUGUGACCGCUGUGUCUGGGAUCAUGGAGGGCGAAUCUUCCGCUGUUCCUUCUGUCAAAACUUCUUGUGCGAGGAUGAUCAGUUUGAGCACCAGGCAAGCUGCCAGGUUCUUCAAGCAGAAACGUUCAAAUGUGUUUCCUGUAAUAAACUUGGACAACAUUCUUGUCUCCGCUGUAAGGCUUGUUACUGUGAUGAUCACACCAAGAGCAAGGUGUUCAAACAGGAGAAAGGAAAAAGUCCUCCAUGUCCCAAAUGUGGCCAUGAGACACAGGAGACCAAAGACCUCAGCAUGUCAACGCGCACUUUGAAGUUUGGUCGACAGGCCGGUGCCGAUGAUGACGACGGUUACUACGAUGGAGCGUCAGGGUACGAUGCCUACUGGAAGAAUGCAGCAUCUGGAGGAGGAGACCAACAAGACGACUACGGAGAGGAUGAUGACUAUGAGGAAGAUGAGUAUGAGGACGACGAUGACGAGGAAGAGGAGGAGGAGGAGGAAGAUGAUGAAGAUGGUGAACAGGAAACUGCGUCUGAGUCGCUGGCUGGUCUUAAAUUGGAUGGGACUGCUGCAUAACUGAUUGCGGAGCUGGUGCAGGUGGAGCACGCAGUCCUGUAACCCUGAAGAAUCCUCAAGAAAACUCUUCAAGAAUUUAGAGAAUUUAGAUGCAAAAGUCAGAGUGGAUAUCAAUACUAAAGCUGAUGUGGUAUUUAACUUUCCAUGUCUUACUCUGAAGAAGAUAAUUUAGUCUGUAUGUUUUUUUUUUUUUUAACAGUAUCCACAGGAGCUGUGUGGAGAUUAGAGGAAUAAAAUAAAAGACUCAAAUAUCAUCAGUUUGUUUAAACUGACCAGUUAAAUUAAAUACCUGCUAAGCUGAUGAACCUGACGACAGAAUUUUUGCUGGUGCUAAGAAAACUUUGCAGUUGUUAUACAUGGAUUUAAGUACCCAGCUUUCUCCUGUUUUUAUAGUCAGGGCUGGAUUAAGUUAUGAAACCGAUUCUGAGUCUGCAUUGAUUUUUUUUUUUUUUUUUUUUUUUUUAAUUUUUUUACACAGGAUGAAGGGCUGGUGUUUGUGUUUCCACACUGUAAAGGUUGUCACACUGUCAUGUUAAAGGUCACUGGUUUUCAACUGGAUGGAAACACAAGAUGGAAACACAAGAUGAUGGCAUACUGCUGCUGGUAGUGCAAAGCUCUUACACAUGAGAGGGUUGUUUCAGCAAGGGUAUCGGUUAUAAAAUUAUUGCCAAACUAAAUAUGUGGAUCCAACUGUUCUGGCUCAUAAACAAGAUGGCAGUUUGCUUAAUGCUCAAACAUAUUUUUAAAUUCUUAAGAUUUCUUCACUUCUUUGGAACAUAAGGGGCAAUGAAUAUAUAAAUCCUUAUCUGACAAGUACUCAUUCAGAUCUUAAGUAUCUGCCCAGAUUUUUCUUUACAAUCAGGGUCUAAUUGUUGCAUUUAGGACAAGAAUAUACUUCCAUGAUUGAUGAAUUCCACCUGAAUUGAUCAGAAAUGAAAAAGUGAAUCCAUCCAAAAUUGCAAAAUAUACAGUAAAUUGUCAAGAAGUUAAAAGUUUAAAAGCAUGGGCUUGUUUAAAAAAAAAAAAAAAAAAAAAAAGCCCUCAGUGAUUGGCUGUUUACUAGAAUUUGCCUCAAGCUUCAGCUGGAUGAGUUUUAUGUUCCUGUUUAUGGAAAGAUUCUUCAGCAUACUGACCAGUAUGCGUAUAUCCAAAACAAGUCUUUCUCCUUCAAGUUAAGCAACUAAUAAUAAACAUCUUCUAAUUAUAAGCAGUAGAUGGAAUGACUUCCCUAAAUCGAUAACAAAUUAGCAGCCAUUAAAGUCAGUUCUUCUGCGACUCGUUAUGAAUAAAAAAAAUGUAUCUGGCCUCUUUGCGCUGUAUAAUGAGUAUUGAUGUGCUGGAGAGCUUUUGGCAGUGUCUCAUUGCCAUGCCUCGUGCAACAGUGGUGUACUGAUCAUCGGAACAAACUGCAAUUGCUUUGACACGCUUGUGUAAAAA